ACGUCUCAUUGCACUGCACACGAGGGUCACAGGUCAACAAUAGUUGUUUGCAUGUUUGUGACUAGACUAGCAGCAGCAGUUCGGCCCGAUCAGAUUCCUCAGAGAGGUUGCUGCGCUGGUUCGCAAUUAAAACUCCGUUUUCGUCAACAGAGAAAGGAAUCCUGUUGAUUAAAUUCGUGGAUAAGUGUCGGGCAACGUCAGAAAUGAAGUUGAAAAGCUUAGUAUUAGGGUUGCUUUUGAUGGCUGUGGUUGGAGUGAAUGGUGACAUGUAUCUUCACAACCCGAGGGGGAGCAAUAAUCGACUUGAUGAGGCCAAGAGAGAACGAAACAAUGGAAACAGGUUAUUUGACUCGCAGAAUAACAACCGAGGAGGUUACAAUGUUGGCAGUCUGGCAUACAUGGCUGGUUCAGUGCUGCAAGUGGAAUGGACCAACCAGCACAGCUGCUCUGACCCAAAUUCCCACUGCGAGAUCAUCCUGCAGUACAUGUGUGGGGACCUCGUCCGAGAUGGAUCUACGACCAGCACCAUACCAGAGUGGCCCAGUAACUGCGCUGAGUAUGACUGUAAUCAGGACAUUGAAUACGGCAUGCACGAAUCCUAUGAUCACUACCUUAACUGCAAGCUGAGACAGCGACAGGCCAAUCUCUUCACGGCUGACCAGAACCUGAAAGGGAAUUCGGCAAGGUACACCCGCCAGAACCCGGGGGGCACCAGGAGGGGUUAUGAGUGCCCAGAGGAGAGGGACUACUAUCCUUACUGGGGGCCAUCGCCAUGGAGGGACAUAGCAGUCUUGACAAACGACGCUACACGGUGCCCCUACUACCAGGCGGAGAGUGCCAACGUCAAGUCCCGCUUUGUCUGCACCCUGCCUCGGGAGAUGAUUGCAGAGAACAUCAACUCUCGUCAGCCGAUCAUCCCCAUCACCCAGGAAGAAUGCGAGGCCAUUGUCUAUCCAGCCGAUGCCCAGGAUGGCACAGGCACCCGAGGAGUCUGGGAAGAAGCCCCUGCCCACGGCAUCGCGGCACCGGACUGCCGGGAGAGCCACUGGUCACGUGACAAUCACCUGGGCAACGGUGUCCAUGGUGAGACGCUGUCGUACAACUGGACCCUGCCAAAUAUUGAGCACGAAAGAUGCGUCAUGAGAAUACGGUACAAUAUUUCAACAGGUGAAUAUGAUGGAUGGUCUGGCAAUGUGAAUGCCUCCCUCAAUGCACGGAGAAAUCAGGAAAGCACCUUGGAUGUUGCAACAAAGUAUGGAUUUGCAAAUCUGGAAGCAGGGGAGGACCGUGGCUACGUGUUUGAAAACAACCCAGAAGUUGACGUCUUUGGCAGCGUCGAGGGGACCAACAAAAACUUUGAGCUGCGCUUGGCUAUCAACACAGCCCAAACGGGCAGAACUUUUCAAGACAGGUCCCACACAUUCGCCAUCCGCAGGCGUCCGGCAGACGUGCCGGCCACCGCCACCAUCCGUAAUCUGAACGUGCGUGGUAAGCGGGGGAACAUCGUGCAGGUGUACCCAGCUGUGGAGUAUGACUUUGUGCCCAACAGAAUUGAAACCAUGCCCGGGGAGUACAUCCACGUUCAAUGGACUGGUUCCAACACCAACCCCAACAACAACGAUGGCCAGGGCCUGCCGGGAACCGACCGCUCCAACAUCGUACUGCUGGAGAGCCAGACGUAUGAGGAGGGCGGUCUUGGGUACUAUUCCCCCUACAGCAAGAACGGCCACCUGGGUAGGAACUACCCACGCUACCUGGACGGGACGACGUUCCUGGGCUUCAGUCGAGAAGACCUGCAGGACAUGGCCGUGCUCAGCAGUCAUCAGUUCCGGGGGGAGAUGUCCGAACUGGACGACGCGGGAACGUUUUACGACGCCAAGCCGCUGGCCGUCACCAUGACGGGGCAUUACCACUACAUGUGCACACGCAACAAUAACUUUUCCAACCGGAGCCAGAAGGGGCGCAUCAUCAGCCGCAGUGAGCCUGUGUCAUACACUGCCGUCGGCUGGACCGGUGGCCAAGUGGAGUCACAGACUGGAUCUCUGGACUUUACUCAAGGAACUCUGGACCACCUGGAGGACAUUAAGAUCGAGGAGUGGGGUCCGGAACGGGGCCAUGAGGUUGUCCAGGCCAAAGGGGGUGAGGCCAGCCUCCCGGGCACCUACUACGAGACCAACUUUGUGGUCAUCACACCCGUGGAGAAGUUCACGGUGGGCGACCGGAUGUUUCAGGUGCGCAUCAAGCUGUUGGAGUCCAACACCGACAUGGUGGGUGUCUACCGCAGUGACCCAGACGACCUGACCAACUGGGUGCGGAUGGAUGCCGAGGUGGAGGGGCGGGAGGUGGUCUUCUCAGUGGACAAGGGAGGCGCCUACGUGGCCCGGGGCACGGUCAGUGGUGGGUUUGUGGCCGGGGUGGUCAUCGCCCUGGUGGUGCUGGUGGUCAUCGUGGCGGGCUCGGUCUUUUAUUUCCGCAAGAAUCCUGAUAAAUGGGAGGGUGUUACAUCCACUUGCCGGGGAGUCACAGGCCGUGUCUAGGCACACUGCACAGAAAUGCUCCAACUACUCAACACCUUGUAGACCUAAAACACAUUGAUGUAAUGCAAAGUUUACUGUGGUGCACUGUGGGUGAAAGGUGGGGACAAGAGUAUGCCCGCUAUCCCUAACAUCAUCCACAUAGAGAAUUGUCAAAAAGAUCCUGAGAUUGAGAAGGCCUAUAUUUUUCAAUAUGGUUCAUGGUAACAUGUGCGCCAUUGUAUGUAUAAAGCACACUACGAGCUGCCUUUUUUUUUUCAAAAGACUGCAAGUUUGUUUCUUGUAAAGUCACGCAAAGGCUUGCAUGACUGACGAUCGUGUCUGCCAUCUUUGAUUUCUAUCGCCACUUUUCACCCACAAUGCACUGCAGCAAACAUUGUGUUCCGUCAUUAUGUUUUAGGUGUUUUCCUUCAUAGUUUUGUGAAGCACUGAUAUUAAGUUGCCAUUGCUGAGUUGACUUAUCAAGUACUUGUCAGAGUUAAUGUUUAGGCCCAUGAACUUAAUUGUCAGUUCAGAUAUUGUUUUUAUUUUAUCCCCGUUGAAAAGGAGUUUAAUACAUUAUUCAGCAUUUUAACAGCUUUUUGUAAAACCACACUAACGUCUAUGUGUGCUUCUACACAUUUUUUCAGAAUAUUUUUAAGCACAUUAUACAGUACUCAUAACACUGCCUUACUUUCACCAUAUUGACUGUUUAAGUGUUCCUUUUCACUAAGCUACUGUAUGUACCAAGGGAGAAUUUGAUUACGUAGCUGAAGAAAUACAGGCUCGCAGCAAUUUGCUGGUGUAAUGUUGUAGUCUUUUUAUCACAUCCUUUCUGUGUUUACUCGCUGUAUAGCAUUUAACCAGUAGGUCAGCAUUCUUUUUCCUUGGCCGUGCUCUAACCUUUUAGAUGCCAUCAGCGUAAUUUCCCUUUACCUAACAAUUACAAGUAAUGGUAGAACACACCAGUAGCAGUCAUUGAGACUCUGAGUUCUGUGACCAAUACAUACACGUACUUCAAAGAUAUAAAAUCUUGAAGCAAACCUUCGGCCAACUCUUUCAGCAACAUUUUGUUGUGCACUUAAUUUGCCGCUUGCUAUCAAAGUUUUUCAUUGUUUAUAAGGAUAUGAAAACAUUUGUACGGUGCGUAAGUUGGUUGCACAUGAAGUGUUGAAUAGUUCUAUAUGCAAUUUUACAUAAUGUUACAUGUGUACAAUGUAUCCGUUCAAAAUAAUCAUUUUUGUAACAUUACCAGGUGAUCAUUUUAUAUUGCAUUUACAGUGUCUUUCAUGUUUUAGUACUGAGAGGGCAAAAUUGUGAAAGAUAUUUGAAGAAUAGGUAGUUUAUACACAGCCCUUGGAUACCACUCGAACGUUAUGAGAUGUUUAAAGAAUAUUUAGGUAUAUCCGUGUACAUCAAUUUUUUUUGUAUAUUGGUGGGAGGGCAGAUUUGUAUUUAAAAUAUUUUAAUGCCUUUUGCAACUGUGAUUUUACAAUACAUUCCCUGUGAGAAAGUGUCCUUACAUUUUGUACUCUUCGAAUAAAUCCGCUGGUCGGAAAAAGUUUUACUUUCCACCGAAAAGUUAACAUUUUUACUGUCAUGAAGUAUUGUUUACUUCAUUAAUCAGUGAAAUGCAAAGGUUGUCACUUCUGUUGUAAAAAUGUAGUUUUGUAAUAAACAAUUGUCAAAUUAUGUCCACGAAAA